AUGUUGGAAAAUGAACAGCUUAUAAGAAUUGGCGGUCGAUUGAAAAACGCGCCGAUACCGCUUGGACGCAAACACCCAAUUAUUUUACCGAAAAAUCAUCCAUUCACGGAUCUCAUGUUUCUCGAUAAACACGAAGAAACGCUUCACACUGGACCUACUAACCUUCUCGCUGCUAUUCACCGCCGGUACUGGCCGGUUGACGGACGCAACAAAGCUCGCUCCGUAAUCCACAAAUGUCACACCUGUUUCCGAAAUAAACCAACGUUUGCGCAACAGGUAAUGGCUGAUUUACCUGCAGUUCGAGUAACGCCUUCUCGCCCAUUCACAAAUACUGGAGUAGACUUUCUUGGACCUGUCUACAUUAAGCCUCCUCGAAAACAAGACGCUAUUAAAGCGUACAUCUGUGUAUUCGUCUGUAUGGUAACGAAAGCAGCUCACUUAGAAUUAGUGCUCAAUCUUACCACCGAAGCAUUCCUUGCUGCACUUCGUCGAUUCUGUGCUCGUCGUGGUUAUCCAUUGAACAUUUAUUGCGACAACGCGACUAACUUCGUAGGCGCAAAUAGAAAGCUACAAGAACUGCGAAAACUAUUCCAUUCACAACAACAUAAACUGCAAGUGGCAGGUGAAUCCACUCGUUUUGGAAUGACAUUUCAUUUCAUUCCCCCACGUUCACCCUCAUUUGGUGGAUUAUGGGAAGCUUGCGUAAAAUCAACAAAAAAUAUACUAAACCGUGUAACCAUGGAUGUGCUUUUUUCUCAAGAAGAAAUGACUACUACGGUGGCUCAAAUCGAAGCGUGUUUAAAUUCACGACCACUCACACCUUUAUCCAACGACCCUGAUGACUUAGAAGCCCUCACUCCUGGUCAUUUUCUUAUCGGUGCUCCUCUCCAAAUGAUACCGGAGCCCGACCUUUCCUCACUCACUCCAAACCGCCUGUCUCGCUGGCAACAAUUGCAACGGGUGCUGCAAUCUUUUUGGUCCCGUUGGUAUAUGGAAUACUUACCUACUCUACAAAGGAUUCAACGGUGGCCUGGCGAACAUCCGAACCUUUCCGUCGGAGAUAUGGUGCUAGUACAUGAGGACAACUUACCGCCUACGAAAUGGCCUAUUGCACGUGUCGUUAAGACGAUUGCUGGUGAGGAUAAGUGUGUGAGGGUUGCAGAUGUUCUAUUUGGGGACAACAAAAUCUAUCGCCGUACGAUUCGCAACAUGUGCCCACUUCCACAAGACGAUCCUAGAGACGCCACAGAUACUAUGGACCCCGCUUCAACACCGUAA